AUUCACUCGCAUCACUUCCUUGACUAUCAAACUCGUAUCAGUCAUCAUCCAUCACAAUGUCUUACGGCGGAAACGACAACGACAGCUACGGCUCGUCCAACCGAAACGAGAGCUCCUACGGCUCCGGAAACAACGACAGCUACGGCUCUUCUCGCCGUGACAACGACAACGACAACGAUAGCUACGGCUCCUCCAACCGACGCAACGAGAGCUCCAGCUACGGCAGUGGCAACAACGACAGCUACGGCUCGUCUGGCCGUGACAACACCAGCUCCAGCUACGGUGGAGGCAACGACACCUACGGCUCUUCCCGCCGUGACGAUGACGACGACAACAAGAAGUCCUCGUACGGCUCCAGCCGUGACAAUGACGACAGCUACGGCACCAAGUCUUCCUCGGGUGGCUAUGGAUCCAGCGGACGCGACAACGACAACAGCUAUGGAUCCUCUAACCGGGACGAGAACAAGAGCUCCAGCUACGGCUCCAGCGGCAACACCUACGGCUCAUCCGGCCGAGACAACGAUGACUCCUACGGCUCCAGCCGCAAGGACAAGGACGACAAUGACUCGUAUGGUUCCAGCGGAAACACCUACGGGUCUUCUGGCCGUGACAACGACGACUCGUACGGAUCCAAGUCUUCUUCGGGCGGCUAUGGUUCCAGCAACAAGGACAACGACUCGUACGGCUCCAGUGGAAACACCUAUGGCUCUUCCGGCCGUGACAACGACGACUCUUACGGCUCCAAGACGUCGUCUGGCGGCUACGGCUCCAGCAACAAGAACGAGAGCGACUCGUACGGAACCAGCUCUGGCGGCUACGGCAGCUCCAAGCGCAACGACGACGACGAGAGCAACACCUUUGUGGACAAGAUCAAGGACAAGGCUGGUGACUUUAUCGGAAACAAGAUCAAGGGCAACAAGAACAAUGACGACGACUACUAAUUGCUGGCGUGUCGGCAUGGUUUAAUAUGAAACUAAUCUGGCGUUUUUUAUAUGUAUCGAUAAUGAAGAAUUGAGUCCGUCCAACGCCAUGGAUGGUGUUUUCUUGAAAUGAGUUCUAAAUUGAUACC